GGCGUAGCGAGACAUGGCGGGGCGCAAGAUGACUGGCAGGGAACAUAAUUACGAGUCAGUGUGGCAGCUCUGCCCAACAUGCGUCUAGGUUAGCUAUCUGGAAAGAUAUUUCAAGUUACUAAAAAGAGUGAUUGGAGGCACUGUUUAUUAUGGCUCACCCAAAAACGUCCUCCACGUCGCUUGAGAGCAAAAAAAUGAAAACCUUUGCAUCCAAGGAAGAGACAGGACUUCCUGAACUGAGGGAGACAAAAAAUCGGGUGGAUCGUUCAAAACCCCUUCCUACUUCCCUUCAGAAUGAGUUCAUCCCUGAGGAAGUUCUUCUUUCUCUGACCUAUGCAGCCAAUGCUGGUUCUUGUCCUGAAAACUUAUUGCCUCCUAAGAAAAUUAAAACCCCAAAGGGUACCCUUCCCCGCCCUGCUGAUCAUGUCUGGCAUCACCCUAUUCGAAGGAAUAAAUUCAAAUAUCUGAUUGACCAUCCUGUUUCCCUAACAGGAGCUGGAAGGGAUAUUUCUUUUCUGUACGAUGUCACAUAUGUUAAAGGAGAGACUAGGGAGGGUGUACUUUGUCCCCCACAUUCGGACCAUUCAUUACAGUCACAUGAUGGUGUCAUUGUGCCUCAUAAGCCAAAGAAACUAACAGAUACUUUGAUUCCUGAAGAAUUUCAUAUUGUGUCAAAUAAAGGAGUUUCAGGUUUGGAGUGCUAUGAUGACAAAUAUACUACUCUCCUCAAAGAUAAUGAAAACAGGCUAUUGCUCUUCCCAUCCAUGAAACCCAAUAAAAGAGUAGAAGUGAUCCAGCUGAAUGAUGUGAUGGAUGCGAUGCUAGAGAGGGCUGGUGUGGAAAAUCAGGAAUACACAGGGCCCACCCAGAUGCACAAACUGCUACAUAUACUGAAGAAGGAACAGACCAUUUACAAUACAGUGUUCCAUGAACUUAUUCGACAAGUCAGUGUAGACUGUGCAGAUAGAGGAGAACUACUGUCCAAAAUCAGAGAGCGGUAUGUACAAAUGCUUGACCAGAUUGCCCGGCAGAUGAUUGACUUCUACAAAGAUUUGGUAACUCAGCGAGUGAUGGACCAGCGCAUUUUACAAGAAUUGUACAAUUUUAAGACUGUUAUUGAGGAACUAACCAGGGAGCUGUGUUUGGUUCGGGCACAUGACAUGAAAUUAACAAAGGAAGCAGAGAAGGCCCACAGGGAUUUGGCAGAAGCUCUUUUAGAUGCUGAAAAGAAUGCCAAAAUUAUAGAAGAAUACCAUGACUUAUAUACACUACAGAGAGGAAGGAUGGAGAAUGAUAUUAAACAAUUAAUGGCAGAAAAAGAUAUCUGGAGCUCAGCCACAUAUGAUUUGGCUCUAAAGGUAAUUGAAAGAAAUAGAGUCAUAUUGGCUAAGAGACUUUACCUCAAUGAAAAAGGCUGGAGCAGAUAUGCUAAGCAUUUCAUCAUACUGCUGUCAAACAGGGACACUUCAGACCUUGCGAUGUUACAGAAGUUGACACAUAAAUGGACAGACUUAGUGAGUAAAUUUAGACAUGAAGUGGAAGGAAAUGAAGAGUCUACAAGGAAGAAAUUGCAAAUUGUUAAGGAUGGCCUUAUGAAAUGGCAGCAGUUCUUCAGAGAUAAUAAAAAAUGUGUAUCCCCUGAUAAAGGAAAUAUAUUUGAAUCAGUUCUUCCAGACUUCAAGCUGUGGCUAAAGACACUGAAUGAAGAUAGAGACAAGUUUACUGGGGAUUUUCUAGUGGCAAAAUAUGAUUCUCUCAAGAUCAUUAAAUAUUUGCAAGAAAACUGGUCAGAUAUUGGGCUUGGGAUAUUUCGUCGCCAUAAAAGUAUGGACGGGGAGAUACCACCAGAACAGCAGCAGAUGGAGGAAAUUAUAAAAAGCAUAGGAAGACUUUACAAAGAAUUUGAAUUAAGAAUAAAUGGGGAUAAUGGUAGCGCUAAAAUUAUUACAAGUGUGAUUAGUUCUCUUGACUUCUGUUGUUUCAAGAUGGAAAACCAAGAGUUUCCUGAAAUGCUUCUUAAAGAACAGGAGGAACUUAAUGAAAAAACCAGUGAAAUGAUAUCUCAGUUGGAUGCAUUGUUAAACAUUAUUGGUACUGUUCCACAGUACUUAGACACAGAUUCUGGCUCGGUACUUGAAGCACAGAUAUUUAACAUGAUUCAAAAAUGGCAUCAGAAUAUAGGCAAUGAGAUUAAUAACAGUAACACUGAACUUCAGCGCCAUAUGGAUGAAUUGCAUAUAUCUAUGAUCAAGUGGAUGGUGUAUUUGCUGAUAUUAAUGGUACCUGACUUUACUGACAAAGACACUCUCCCAAAGUUGGAGGAGGCAAGUGCUGAAAAACGGGAUCUAGGAGUUGCAAAGUUAGAGCUGGACGCAACUGCACUGGCAAGAAAGUUGUCCCGAUACUCCAGUUAUUUGAACAGUUGUUGCAAAGGGAUGCUAACAGCUAUGGCUCUGAAUAUGGGCAGCAACUUACAAAAAAAUCCUGCUAAGGAACUUUAUGAUUUGAAUAAGAUGAAGAGAGAAUGUUAUGAGUGGAUCACCACAUGCUCUCACCUCCUUUCUAGGAUCAAAGGCAGAAAAACAAAGUUAUUGACAUAUGAAGAAGAGGAAGACCUACUUGAAGAAGAGGACAUUAUAAAAAAAUUAAUUGAGCCUAAAAUAAGCUUGUCUUUUAAUGAGGAUGAAGAAGAAAGUAUGGAGGAUAAGAAAUUUGAGAAGGAACAGGAAGAGGAGGAAGAAAAACCUUCCACAUCUACAGAGAAGGAAAAACGCAUUCGAUUCAUUGAAGAAGAUGAAAAUGUUUACUCCAGAACUCCAUCUGGAGCAGACACAUUAUCUUCCUGGAGAGAAUCAGCUAAUCAAGGUACAUUGGCCCCAAAGUAUCUUGAAGCGAUGGCUGUAAUUGAACACAUGCAGGAUAAGUUAAUAGAGAUUGGAAACAGAGCCAGACUAGCAGAGGAGAAGUUUGAUGAUGUAAAUGAGAGACUUCAUUAUAGUCUUAUAAGAAAUAAAGAACUGGAGAAGGAACUGGAGGAAGUCUUGAUGAAGUCUAGGGAGAAGGAGACUGAAGAAGGAGAAGGAGAAGAACAGGAAGGAGAAAGAGAAGAAAAAAAAGAGGAGGAGGAAGAAGAAAUGAAUUCAGUAGAAAAUUCCUCAAAACCUCCAAAGAAAGGAUCACAGCGCAGGGAGAGUAUUAUCAACAGCAAACCCAGAACCCGGGCUAAAUCCAAUAAUAAGAUCAAACCCAAGCAGCAUCCCUAGGGUGCUAGACGUCCCUGUGGCUCCCCUACCAGGACACACUGCAGGUAUCUCUGUGCUGUUGAGCUGACAGUGUGGCUCUAUCAGAGGUACUCCUUUUGCAGCAGCCAUUAGAAAAGCCAUAGCAUACAACCCAAGACA